CCAUUUAAAAUUCAAUAAAUUUUUUCUGAAAAUAUCAUUUCAGAAAAAUAUUUCAAUAUUAUUCAAUUUUAACUGAUGAUUUUGCACAACCGUAGUUAUAUAAUCACUAAAAUUAUUUGGGAAAAGUCAUAUUUUUUAAUAGAUAAAUUCUAUAAAAACAAUCAUUUGUUCAUUACCAGUCAAAAUCAAUCAAUCUACAGAACAAUGUCAUCAAAAUCAGAAGAGAAUCGUAGCAUUCAUUCGGCAUCGAUAAAUGAAAUUCAUGAUGUACCAAUGUCGGUCAUACAUCGACCAAUUCCACCGAUUUUAGAUGAAAAUAAGGUGAAAAGUUUGAUGCAAACGUUCAAGGAUAAUCCUGAACAGGUACCACCGAUCGAUGUAUUAUGGAUCAAGGGACGUAAUGGUGGAAACCAUUAUUUUUCAUUUGGUGGUUGUCAUCGAUUCGAUGCUGCAAAACGUCUAGACCUGCAAACUAUACGAGCCAAAUUGAUACAAUCAACCGUUGAUGAUCUUCGUAUCUAUAUGGGUUCAUCAACACCUGAUUUACAAUGAUUUUUUUUUUGUUGUAGAGAAAAUUUCCUUUCAUUAAGAUCUUAAUCAAAAUAUAUUCUAUAGAAUAAAUUUCCUUACUCAAUUUCA